AACAAAACCCGAAUGAAAUGAAUCUCUGUGAACAGUGAAGCUGAGAGGAGUAACAGGAAAAGCAAACAACGCUUCGUGUCAUGUUCUGACUGAAAGACCUUUUGCAGUAAAACAGACCUUUGCAUUAAAUCCCUUUGAUUUAGAUCUAGAUUCUACAUCUAAAUCUUGGGAGAUCUAGAUCUAGAUCUUGUUUUUAACUUGUUCAGCUACCAAUUGUUACAAUCAUGGCAGGCAGCAAGCGUCCUGACACAAGCAAUGUCUUAACUGGGGAAACCAAGAAGAAGUUGGAUGCCGUGUUCCAACCAAUUGCCCUUACAGAUGAUGUGAUAAAAAGAAUAAUGGCGGUCUACCAGGAACAAAUGCGACUCGCUAAUAGUACGGACGAAAAAGUCCGAAAGACAUCUGACCAUUUGAUGAUGAAUACUUUUAUUAGAGAACUUUUGGAUGGCACAGAGCAAGGAGUCUACCUAGGACUGGAUUUGGGAGGAACAAACUUCCGAGUUGUGGUGGUGAAGUUCACAGAUGGCGUGGCUGACACGAAAACCAAGUACUACCGUCUGCCUGAUGCAGUCCUCAGUGGACUGUCAGCUGGGGUGUUUGAUUUUAUAGCGGAGAGCAUUGAGGACUGUCUGAAGCUAGAGGGCUUGAGUGACUCUAAGGAGAAAAUUCCACUUGGGUUUACUUUCUCGUUUCCAUCGAUUCAAAUUUCUUUGAAGAAGAGUACGCUGGUGACGUGGACGAAGACGUUCAAGUGUCCGGACGGUGUCGGGGAGGACUCGGUGGCCAUGCUGGAGGCAGCCAUUGAGCGGAAGUGUCCGGGUCUCCCCGUGGACAUUGUGGUUGUCAUGAGCGACACGGUCAGCACGCUGAUGGCGGGAAACUACCUGGACAAGCGAUGCCGUAUCGGCCUCAUUCUGGGUACUGGCAGCAAUGCUGCUUUUGUGGAGAACAUAGAGGAGAUUGAAAAGUGGACCGGGGACUAUCAAGACCCCAAACACGUUAUUGUGAAUGUGGAGUGUGGCUCCACGGGAGACAACGGCUGUUUAGACUUCUGCCGCUCGAAGUACGAGAAAGAGUUGGACCAGCACUCAAACCACCCUGGCUCAUUUACGUUUGAAAAGUCUGUGGCUGGCUUGUACCUCGGAGAGCUGGCCCGUCUGGUUCUUGUUCAGCUGGUCCAAGAGGGUGUUCUGUUUGGGGGAAAGCAAGUGGAUCUAGUGGAAAGACGCUGGGCGCUGACUGCAUCCCACAUCACCGCUAUAGAGAGUGACGAAGGUCAGACAACUACAAGGACGAAAAAAGUCCUGGAGGAAUUUGGGCUGGACUCAAUUGCGACAGACAAGGAUGUUGCUAUUGUGCGGGAAGUGUGUGACUUCAUGUCCCGAAGAGCAGCUCACACUAUUGCAGCUGCCAUGGCUGUACUUGUGAAUCAUGUCGGUCGACCUGAAGUGACGAUAGCAAUAGAUGGCUCUCUCUAUGAGAGGCACCCAAAGUACCAUGACAGCAUGAUGGAAAUCUUUGAAAAGUACAGUCCAAACACAAAGGUGACCUUGAUUCUAGCCAAGGACGGCAGCGGUCAGGGGGGAGCCUUUGCCGCGGUGUCUGCCCUCAAGCAGAACGCCAAGGGAAUACGCUGCGCCUAGCUGGACCCCUAGCUUCUUCUAGUCAUAGAUCCUUUCUGUGGAGACGUAAUGUGGUGGGAGUAGUCAUCUUGUUGCCGGAAGGCAGUUUAUAACCCUCCAGGAUCAAGUGUGCUAUAUCUGGCACUUUAAAUGAAUUAAGAUGUGAAAAUAGUUAAACAUUGAUGGACCAUAAUUCAGUGUGUUCUGUAUUGGACAAGACUUUGCUGUCUAAAAACAGAUCCCUUGCAAAUCUGUUAAAAACAAGAGCAAGAUCGAUCUGUUUGAUAUAUUUCCAUGUACCAUUUCAAAUUUUAUGUUUAAAAAAAAAAAAUCGCUAUAACCAAAACUAAUUUCAGGUUCUAGAGGGUUCAAGCACAGACCAAAAAUUUAGGAGUUAUAUAUUUGACUGUGUUGGAAGGCACCACUGGUAGGUCCUACUAUUUUUCUUUACCGUACCUCCAUUGUUUCUGUCUUUCUUCUUCCCUGCAAUGUAUGAUCCCAUCAAGUAUGUGCUUCUCUUUACUUAAACUCAAAUCUCAAUACCGUCAGUCCUGUGUAAGACGGCCACACAUUGUCAAAGAGAAAAGUGGCCGUAUAAGACAGGUGGCUGUCAUACACAGGAUUGACCAAAAGGAAAAAAACAAAGCAUUUACCUCUGAGGUCCCAGCUGGAGGUGGUCGCAGCUGAGUGCUGCCGAAAGGCUCAUUAAAAUGUUCUUGGGUUGUUUUUGUUUUUUUUGUUGGGACUUUUAUUAUUAUUUUUUAAAUUAUGGUUCUGUGAAAGGUCAAUAUAAAACAAAAACCGUGUCAGACAAGAAAGGCCAAGUGCCACCACUUGGCGAACGAGCAACACGUCUGUCAAGAGUUUGUUUUGACUUCAAUUGUUAUGGACUGGGUGGGAUUACAGACUGAGUUGUGGACGGGGCUUAUAGGUUAUGACGGAUCACACACUUCCUUUACCAGCAGCUGAAAAUUUAUUGUUACCCAUUGGUCAACUUGGGUAAACAUUGAGAACGGCCUAAGCAGCAUGACCCUCUCAUCCAUUGGAGGAACUGACAAUAACGACGGGUGAAUGAAUUAUGACAGCUUUUCCACAGUGUCAAUAGAAAAUGCAUAAUUUUUUACAAAGCCUGGCUGUCUCAGACAGGUAAAUUUGCCUGUGGGUUGAUAAAAUAGGGUGGCCACGGCAACGCUGGACAGGUUCUCGUUUUACACAGUUAAAAUUAUAUGGAAAAAACGCAAGGGGAGAAAUGGAAAGUGGCUGUUUGUGCAGGUGGCCGUAUUUUACACUUACAGGUGGCUGUCAUGGCAGGUUCAACUGAUUUGACAACAAAUUGUCCAUGAACCACCAAGUCCAAAAUUGUGGUAAGAUUGCAUAUUUUUAGAGAUCUGAAAAAAUUGCACAAAUGGCACCUUUUUUAGCCAAACAUCUCUUAAGACACUGAUGUCAUCAUUUGUAUUAUCUCAUACAACAUUGACUAUUGCAACUCAAUCCUCAUAACCAUACUGAGAGAACUAAUGAAUAAAGUGGAAAGACUCCAGAACUAAGAACUCAAAAGGCUUCUAACACUAGAACACACAACAGUAUUGCUUUUACAGCUCCCUGUAAAAAAUCAUAUUGAUUAUAGUAGAGUUGCAAUAAUGUGCUAAAGUUUUUAAACGAUCUGGCUCCACAAUAUCUUUCCCAUUUGCUACAGGAGUAGACUAUACUCCUUCUCGAAAUUUACGCUUUAUUAAAGUAAAAGACAACUUAAGGCUGUGCUUUGUAAAAUUUGUAGAAUUGAACAUCUUGACAACUGCUCCAUUAUUGUAGAUUUCCGUCCCAUUGCAUAUUUUAGAGCGGAGACUACUUUGGACACAUUUAAAACUGAUCUAAAAACACAGUUUUAUUUAUCGAAAUCCUAUUUUAAUACUGAGGGUUGAUUCUUCUUUCAACUGCAAGUGUGAGUGCUCUUUUGUCAGUUUACUGGUGGAUGUAUUUGAAAUAAUUGUUGUUUGUUGAAUGAGCCAGUAUACAGGAAAUGAGUAAUUAUAUUAGCUGUUGAAUUAUUUUUUAAAAAUUUUAUUGUGAAGUGCCUAGAGCCAUCACAGAUCCUAUAGAAAUGAUCUUUAUUAUUAUUAUUAUUAUUAUUAUUAUUAUUAUUAUUAUUAUUAUUAUUAUUAUUAUCAUCAUCAUAGAACAGUUGUUGUUUUUGUUAAUGUGACCAUGCUCUUCUUAUUGGUGUUAUUACUGACACAACUCUUUGUUGGGUUUUUGCUAGUAAUACUUAAAUUUAUAUGCUAGCAAUUUUGGUAGUUUACAAUUACCAAUUGGUUUAGUUGAGAGCGGAUUUUUGUUUUUUGUCUGUUGUUGUUUUUUAAUAAAAUUUGAAUUUAUUUAUUCAUUGUUAUAAGCAAUUUGUUGGUGCCGGUGAUGCUAUUGUUGUCUGUUAUUAGCUAGCGCUGUGGUGAGGUGUGCUCCUUUUUUCCCAUCAUACAUAAUCUAUUGUCCGUACUUCUCUUUCUUGUUUUCUUUGUACGUUAGUCUUUCAUAACACCUCUUAUUUGGUACUUAUAUUAGUCAUUAAGUUAUACGACCUAUUCCAAACUACAGUUGAAAUUGUCUAAGACAGUCACCAAAUUUUUUUUUCCCGAAAAGUGGCCAUCUUAAACAGAUGGAUGACUUGCACAAUGUCAAAUGUUUCAAUAAAUAAUGUUUUAAAAAAAUGCAGGGGAAAAUAGAAAGUGGCCAUUUGUACAGGUGAUUGUCUUGUACAAGCAGCCAUUAGAGCAGGCUCAACCGUACUGUGUUGCAAAUGCCAUGAAAUUCUUGAAGACUUCUUGUUUUUGUUUUUCAUUGCCUUUUGUUAUGAAUUUGUCGUGAGUCCGUGAAAUCUCUCUAUAAAAUAUAUAAUGAUAUAUCUUUAUUGACACAACAUUUAUGUUUUCUAAUCACCCCAAACUCUGGGGUAUUUUUUAUGCCCUUUUGGGGUCUAAUUUCAACUAUAUUAUUCUUUUCAAAAACUUAUGGAUGGAUGUAGAAAGGACACUGAGGACAUUAGGAAUGUGAUUAAUUAGUUGUUGAAGCGUUGUAUCAUUCGUUAAGCUCUACUCUUCUUCGCUAGGGUGUUAUUGGAUAAAAAUAAUUAUUGCUUUGUGUUUUAUGGGAACAGACACAAACUGCUGAGUUAUUGAAGGAGAGCUCUGUCUUUGGUUAUUUAUUUAAUUGUCAUCCUUUGAUUGUAGUGCAAUUUAAUAGUUCUUAUGUGUUCAACAGCAAUAAACAUUUUUUUUUCUUCAAAAUGGCAAACUAUAGCAAAAGUAUCACCUUGAUGUUCAGUCGACUAAGGAUGAGUUGAUGUCCGGGGAGUGAAAAAAAGAUCAACUCCUCUAAAAUUCAACCUAUUAUCUGUUGGGACCUGUUAAGAAGAAGAGGUGCUGGAACCCAAUAAAAAGAUCAACUUUACCGAAGAUCAGCUCGAGCGAGUAAGCGGAGUCAACUGUAUUGUCUUUAUUGGGUCUUGGAAUAUCUAAAAUUCAGCCCUAUGACAAAAAUCAUGUGGGAAGAAUCUGAGUAUUUAUGGUUUCUCUGUCUUUUCAAUAACUUAGAUCAUGUACAGUUGACUCAGUCGAUACGGUUGAUCUCAUUUCAAUUUUUGAAAUGUAGUUCCUGUUAAGUCAAGAACUGUAUUGGUUUGGUUGCUGGUUCAGAAGAAAUGUUGUUGUUUUUUUCUUCUUUAAUUUUUUUGUGUAUUUUUUUCUUCUUUUGUCCAGUCCAUACUGUGAAAAUAGUGUUUGAGAAAUUCCUAAAUGAAUGUGUGUUCAAGCCUUACUCAGUUGCUGAAAAAAAUACACUUGGCAUUUAGCUGAGGAGCAAUUUUUUUUUUCCAACUUUAAUUCGGUGCUCCCUUUUAUGUUUAAUGCAUGGGCUAAAUUAUUAUAAAUCUCUGCUGUUCUCUGUCAUCUUACAAUCAUGACCAUUGCUGGUAAAUAUGUCUAUACUUUUUUCAUGAACUUACUUUUUUUCUUCUUAAUAACACUUUAAUUUUCUAAUUUUAUGAGUUGUUAUCUAAAUUGAUCUGGAACUUUGUGCCAUGCAUUCUGAUCAAAUCGUUGGAUUUUUGGGGUGUUUUACUAUUAAUAUUAUGAUUCAUUUAAUGCCUUUUUGGUUCUUUUUGUUACGUUUUCUGAUUCAUUUUGGAAUUUAGAGUUUGCAUGUACUGGUACUCACUUGUUAUCAUAAUGAGGUGGCCUUAUUCUUUUCCUUUUCUACAGAACUAGCCUUGGGGUUUUUCCUAUGACAACUGAUAGAUUGUAUGAUUGCAAUGUCUUCACAGGUUUCUCUUUUGUUGUAGUUUCUGUAUUGUAUUGUCUGUAUGGACUUAUGACUUUGUGAGCUAGUAUAGGUAUAUAUUCGUGAGGCCAAUAAAUAUUUAUUUGUUUAUAUGUGGCUGGACAGACAUGA